AUGGACGUCGAGGCAACUGCAAGUACUGCUUCCGCAGGCGACAAGUUCAAGUCGCGCAGCAAUACUUCAUUGGCUGACCGCUCGAUUGCGCAUGGCGAAAAUGAUUUACUGGGAGGAGAGAGAGUGGACCAGGUUCUGGCGGCCAAGAUGAACCUGAUCAACGACACGAUCGAUGAGAUCGGAUUCACCCCUCAUCACUGGAAGUUGUUCUGUCUGAACGGUUUCGGAUAUGCUGUCGACUCUCUUAUCCUUCUUAUCCAGUCGAUCAUCUCGACGCAGGCCGGGUACGAAUUUCAGCCUAGCUUUUCGACAGGCUUGACAAUCGCUGUCUAUGUAGGAAUGCUGGUGGGUGCCAUCUUUUGGGGAUUCUCCGCGGACAUUAUCGGUCGUCGCUUUGCGUUCAAUGUUUCCCUGUUCGUCUCCGCGGUCUUCACUAUUGUGGCCGGCGCGUCGCCAUCGUGGAUUGUCCUGGGUCUCUUCAUCUGCCUCAGCGCAUUUGGUGCCGGUGGAAACCUGGUGCUAGACACCACUGUUUUUCUCGAGUAUCUUCCUAGCAAGAACCAAUGGCUGCUGACGCUGAUGGCAGCCUGGUGGGGUCUCGGUCAGCUUAUCGCCGGUCUGUUUGCCUGGGCUUUCCUCCCGAACUACUCGUGUGCCGAUGCGGCUAGUUGCACACAUGACAACAACAUGGGCUGGCGCUACGUCUGGUAUACAUCGGGCGCCUUUGUGUUUGUUCUGUCUAUCUUGCGUAUCACGAUCAUCCGGCUGGAGGAGACUCCCAAGUUCCUUCUCUCUGAGGGAAAGGACGAGGAUGCUUUGCGCGUUCUCCGCAAUAUCGCUGAAAAAUACCAGCGCCCUUGUAGCCUGACCCUCGAGCGCCUCCAAGCGUGUGGAAUUACAACCCAACGCAAGACGACAACGGCCGGUAUGACCCAACGACUGAUCGAUCCACGAGAAAUUAUAUUCCACUUCAAGGGACUGUAUGCGACACGGAAAAUGGCGUUGUCCACUACCUUGGUGUGGUUCUCCUGGCUUCUGAUUGGUCUCGCCUACCCAUUGUACAACGUCUUUCUACCUUCAUAUCUGUCAUCCCGUGGCGCCCAAUUCGGAGAGUCAAGUCAGUACGUUACAUGGCGCAACUAUGCGAUCAACAACACUUGCAGUAUCUUUGGACCUGUCCUGGCGGGCUUCAUGUGCCGUUCACCCUGGUUCUGGGGCCGUCGUGGAACCAUGAUCAUCGGCGCUUUGAUCACCAUGAUUUUCUUCUUCUGUUACACCCAGGUGCGCACAGAAAAUCAGAACGUCGGCUUCACAUGCACGAUAUCGUUCUGUUUGAAUAUCUACUAUGGCACUCUAUACGCGUAUACCCCUGAGGUUUUCCCCUCGGCUCACCGAGGCACUGGAAAUGGUGUUGCCAUCGGACUCAAUCGAAUUAUGGGUAUCGUCAGUGCCAUCGUGGCCCAUUUUGCCAAUACCAAGACAGCAGUCCCGAUCUACAUCUGUGCCGCGCUUUAUAUUGUUAUGGCUAUCGUUUCCGCAGUCUUGCCCUUCGAGCCAUACGGUCGACGAAGCAGCUAG